CGGAGAAGGCCGGCUUGGCGAGGCGGUGAAGGAGAGAGAAAAAGCGAGACCGAGAGCGCGCGCGCGCGCGCACGACAGCGAGGGCUGAGAAGCAACAGACCAGAAGCCAAGAAAGAGGCAACGUCGAUUUGGUGCUGCCGCUGCAAAUCACAAGACGGACUGGUCCUGUCUUGAGGAGGUAGGCAGUCUGUACUGAAUCUGUAACGACCGACUGCAGCAAGAGGAAGAGCAGCACUUAAUCGGCAAGAAAAAGCAGACGAAAAAACGGAAAUGAAAGGCAGUACCAGAAUCAUCAGAAAGAAGGAAUAUAUUAAAAAUGCAGUUUGAGCUGGAAAGAAGAAAAACAUAUCAAGAAGAGACACGCAAAAAGCCAAAGAAUAUAUGAAUAUUUAUUUAUGUGAAACUGAACUUAAUUUAUGCCAGGACUAUAUGGGAUAAUGGAGAUCUAGACACCUGUAUAAUAACUUCAGGAUAAAAUACUGUGGAUUUAUAAAUGUGGACUUUGGUUUAUUUUCUAGCAUUCCUUUGGAUUUCUGUUUAGUGCAGAGAGCCAGCAAACUAGGCCUCAUGCUGUCUAAGAGAGGGUCUUCCUUCUUCCAACACCGAGGCUGACUCAACGGGGAACCUGCUAAUCUCACCCUGACUGAGCUCCUCAUUCAUCAGCUGCUCUCCAGCUCCCCACCCCUCCCCAGGAUCUGGCUGUCACAAUAGCGAGGUCAAGAUGGACAGUACGUGCCACUUGCAUGACCUGGGGGUGGGGGAUGUGGGUGAAGAAUCACAGAAGUGCCCGUAUCCGGUUACUCUGCAGCCUCCACCCGCAAUGGGAGAGCAAGAGGCUCCACUCCAUCAAUUUCCACAGCAGCCACAACAUCUACAGCAACAUCCACUGACCCUUGCACAGCUCAGCACUCAGCUGCAGCCCACUGGAAACACAACACCCAGUCCAGUUCCUCUGGCCGGCCACAACUAUAACCAUAGUGGGAGCAGCGGCGGACCUGGGGGAACCAGCACUCUGCAACUCUUCAACAGCAGCUCGUCCCCCACUGCAGCCCCAUCAGUUCUCCCUGCUUCCUUUAGGGCCUCAAUCUCACCUCUGCAGAACCCCCUUAGCUCUUACCCCAGUACCAAUGUGCUUCAUCCAGUUUCAUCCUCCAGGCAUGGCAGCCAGCACAACUUGAGUGAACUCCAAAUUCAGCAACAUUUGGCUAGCCAUUCCCCAAGUUCACUGACAGGGGAAAAGGGAGGAGUGGGGGGUGUUUCUGGGGGAGGGGGUGGUUGUUCCUCAAGCAAACACAGGCAGGCCAGCCCCCUAGUCCACCGCAGAGACAGCAACCCCUUCACAGAGAUUGCUAUGAGCUCCUGCAAGUACAGUGGUGGGGUAAUGAAGCCUCUCAGCCGGCUUAGUGCCUCCAGAAGGAACCUUAUUGAUUCAGAGCCUGAAAGUCAGCCCUUGCAGAUCUUUAGCUCUGGCUGUGCUGGUGGCCCACCAGAGAUUGUCAUUUCUUCUAAGGAAGACGUCCAUCAUGCCAAUGCCAACCAGACCUUGCUACUUCAUCAUAACCAAAAUCACCAGCAACACACAGUCAGUGGGGGUAGUGGGAGUGGGGGCACCACCACCAACGCCACUGCCAACAAUUUGGGUAGUACUCACUCCAAAGCCAACAAGAGGAAAAACCAGAAUAUCGGUUAUAAACUGGGGCACAGGAGAGCCCUGUUUGAGAAGAGGAAGCGACUCAGCGACUACGCGCUCAUUUUCGGAAUGUUUGGAAUUGUUGUCAUGGUGAUUGAGACGGAGCUGUCCUGGGGCGUGUACACCAAGGGAUCAAUGUAUUCGUUAGCUUUGAAAUGCCUUAUCAGCUUGUCUACAGUGAUCCUCUUAGGUUUGAUUGUGGCCUAUCAUGCAAGGGAAGUGCAGCUCUUUGUCAUCGAUAAUGGAGCAGACGACUGGCGCAUCGCUAUGACCUAUGAGCGGAUUUUCUAUAUUACACUGGAGCUGCUGGUCUGUGCUGUGCAUCCGAUUCCUGGACAAUACAAAUUCCAGUGGAAGGCAAGGCUGGCAUUCUCUUACACUCCAUCCCACGCCGAGGCUGAUGUGGACAUCAUCCUAUCCAUCCCCAUGUUCCUGCGACUGUACCUCAUUGCUCGGGUCAUGCUUCUGCACAGCAAGCUGUUUACAGAUGCUUCCUCACGCAGCAUUGGUGCCCUCAACAAGAUCAACUUCAACACACGCUUUGUUAUGAAGACACUGAUGACCAUCUGCCCAGGCACUGUGCUGUUGGUCUUCAGCAUUUCGCUGUGGAUUAUUGCAGCUUGGACAGUGCGGGUUUGUGAGAGGUAUCAUGAUGCACAAGAUGUAACGAGUAACUUCCUAGGAGCAAUGUGGCUUAUAUCCAUUACCUUCUUGUCCAUUGGUUACGGAGACAUGGUGCCUCAUACGUAUUGUGGGAAGGGUGUAUGCUUACUCACUGGAAUUAUGGGUGCUGGAUGCACUGCUCUUGUGGUUGCAGUUGUUGCCAGAAAACUUGAGCUCACAAAAGCUGAAAAACAUGUACAUAACUUCAUGAUGGACACCCAACUCACCAAACGGAUAAAAAAUGCAGCAGCUAAUGUGCUUCGAGAAACAUGGCUCAUCUAUAAGCACACAAAGCUGAUCAAGAAGAUCGAUCAUGCCAAAGUCAGGAAACAUCAAAGGAAAUUUCUGCAAGCCAUCCACCAGUUACGCAGUGUAAAAAUGGAGCAGAGGAAACUCAGUGACCAAGCCAAUACUCUGGUUGAUCUUUCCAAGAUGCAAAAUGUAAUGUAUGACCUGAUCACAGAACUCAAUGACCGCAGUGAGGAUCUAGAGAAGCAGAUCGUAAGCUUGGAGAGUAAGCUGGAGCAGCUGACAUCAAGCUUCAAUUCCCUGCCAGGGUUGAUAGCGGAGACCCUGAGACUUCAGCAUGCACAGUUGCUACUGGUGAUCGCAGAAAACCGAGCUGGAGCAGGUACAGGGACAGGAGGAACAAUCACAGGAACUCCAGGGAGGUUCCACUGUCCACUCUCUUCUGCAUCACCACUCCUCUCUGACAGUCCUUUAGAAAUCAGCUCAGCUUCAUUUCCUACUCCAUACACAAGUUCCAGCAGCUGUUAAAUAUCUGGGCUGCCAGCUAAUCUUCCCUGAACAUUAACUGAUGCUUUAUUCAGCUACUAGUACAGUUACAAAAACAGUAUCACUAAAGCAGAGUCUCCUCUUCUCAAUAAUUAGGAAAGGUAGAAGUACAAGACAGGAGUCCAUUGUAUGGGCCUGUCUGGAAAAGAACACAGAAAGAUCUUUGAUGUCACAUUGUUGUUGGCUAUAUAGGUUACCUCUUGCAAGGCAAAUAAAAUGGCUAUUACACGACAUAAGAAAGAGUAGGAGAGCCUUGUAAAAUAAGACAAAAACCAAAACAAAAUCUCCAUCUGCACAACAGUGAAUGACACAGACAGCCUUUUCUUCAGCCAGUAACACUGUGGAGAUCUGCCACGGAAAAAAAUAUCAACUUGAAGAGUGAUCUCAGAUGGAACAUGAGAUGUCUGAUCAGCAACAUCGCGAGGGGAGUAUGGGCAAAACUGGUACAAGAAGACUAUCGUAUGAAUGUACAAUGCAUGCUGAGCAGAAGCAGCAGGUAAACCAAGCAAAAUUCAACACUUUUUCCUUGCAAAUCAUUGAUUAUGGGUGUUUCUUGCCAAGGUAAGCUAACCUGAGAGCAUAGCUGCUCAUGGUUCUGAAGUGUAUGUACAAAAAAAGAAAGCACAGAAAAAGAAUGCUCCUCUGAAAUGGAGCACACUUUUAACACCUGAGGUUUUUCUGUUGUUUUUUUUUUUUUUUUUUGUUAAAAUUGCUCAGGUUUCAGAUGAAUUUGAUGGUUGUUUUUAUUGAAACCAAAAUAAAAUUCUAGCAGUAUGAGGCACACAUUAUGGUUCAUUUAUUCUUCAGUACUAGGACCCUUCCCAAUCCCAUCAAUCCCAAGAUGGGUUUGGUUUUGAAAAGGCUUAUAAAUAAUGGAAACUCUGCUGCCUAGACAUAAAUGCAGAAAGAAAAGAAAAAAGAAUAUGAAUACUUAGAAAACUAGAAGAUUUGCAGUUAUCUUUCUCUCUUUAUGGACAUAUACUGUAACAUGCUGAAUGUCACAUCCUUACUCCCUCUCAGCUAUCAAUUUGAUGUCUCAGUUCAUGAGACAUUUUGAAUUCAGAAUUGCUUACACUGAGAUGAAUGUUAAUACCUAGAAUCUAGAAACAUUUUUCAAAGAAGACAAAUAGAUCAGACUAUUUCAAUAUGUCAAACUGCAUCAUCAUUGUAAAAAUAUUUUUAAUCUUAGGUAUUACCGAAAAGAUCAGCUUUUUGGUCUUUGGCAAAAACAUAUAGGUUAGGGUCCAAAACCAAUCCAAAACCCAAAAGGUCUUCCUUUUUAAAACAAAAUAACGGGUGGGAUUACUUCCAAUACACAGCAGCUUUUCUACAACAUUCCAGAACAAUGCAGUACGUUAUUUUUUCUGCGAGUACACAGACCUAUUCUGUGUUUGGCUAGAUUGUUGUAGUUUCUUUUUAAAAUGACACCAACUGGAAUGACUUCCUCUUCUCUGUAAGAUGCUAAGAUUGAUUCUUUGAUAUUCUCAAAUAGCCAAAGUAAACUGCACUAAAAGCAUAAUCUGUGAAUACUCAGAGCCUUCAUUGCAAAGCACAAUCAAGGCGCCAGCAAAGCUGAUGCUGGGUAAAAUAAGCGAUUCUUUCAAGAAACUAGAAUGCAGGUAUUUCAUAGUGUUGUGUAAAAGUCGACAGUAGCAAAAAUGCACAGUUUUUAGACACUGCUAGACACAUACUUUCCACAGGUAUACAUUUGAUAGAUUGUUCUGUUGGGCAUCAUGCUAACAUAGUUAAUUAGAACUGCUGUCUUAUGGGUCUAGAGGCAUGAGUUGUGGUCUUUAUGGAGUUUGCAUCUUCCCUUGCACAUUUUUUCUCUGGAUGCCCUGGUUUCCUGCCACAUCCCAAAGACAGGUUAAUUGGAGGUCAUAAAUUUGCCUGUUAUGAGUGAAUGUAGUUGUGUACUUGAUGUUUUUGUCUCGGGAUGAUCUUGUGUCUCAUUUAACAUUUGUACUGUCUUGACUCUGUAAUUGAGUAAGCAGGUUUAGAAGAAUGAAUGACAGCAUAUUUUUUCUGUUCGUGGGUUUUUGUUUUUAGCAGAUAUUAAUGCAUUUGGCUCUCUAAAGGCAGAGAAGCUCAUUUAAUUAAAUUAAAGUGUUUUUUGACAUUCACUGUUAUAGUGCCAAUGGAUUAAUCAUAUUUUCGUAAUUUAUACCAUUUAUUUUACUGCUUUGUAUCAGCUUUAGCCUACCUUCUCUAAAAUGUUGACAGAAUAUGGUGCUUAUCAAGACUUUCUAAAACUUUAAGACUGACUUCUGAAUAUGGCCUCCCCAGGAUAGCAGGAACUAUAAAAGUCAGAGACUUGCUUUGCCCCAUAUACCAAGUAUCUCACAGCUAAGCAUGCUUUGGCUCUUUUCUAUGAUGCUUUCAGCUGUUUGUUUUUUAAGCUGUCUAUUCAAGUAAUCUUUCUGAAAGAAAGAAUGAUGACAGCUGACCCAAACAUUGUUAAAAAUACUGUAACAAAGGCGCUAUAUGGGCACCUGACCCGACACAGACUGUCACCAGAGGCACAUAUAAAAGCAAAUGAACUUUUAUUUGCUUCACCUGUGGGCCACGUCUUCCCCGUGUCCCACAGGCACAUCACAGUCCCAAAACACACAACUAAACACAAAAGCACAAACACUCUUCUUUUCCUCCACUCCUCACAGCAGCUUCAUCCUCCUCCUCCCGACUCUGGCCUCUGGAGUGGUGGCUGCUGGCCCCUUUUAAAGUUCACCCGGAAUUGCUCCAGGUGCUUGAUUUCCGAGUUCCGGCUGCACUUCCGGGUGUAGUGAAAACACUGCCCAUAAGGGCUCAGGAGUUCCAUCUGCAGCACCCCCUGGCGGCCACUGCAGGACCCAACAGGGCUGCACCAAACUCCAAUUCCCAUGGAGCCCCGCGGGAGACCGAGGCACCGCUCCAACCCAGGGAUGUGGCCAUCCAGCGUCCAGGGGGAGAUAUUGAAUAGUCCAUGUCUGUUCCCCUUGAACAUAUACUGAAGGGGCGUCCCGGCCAGGCAUUGGUCCUGGCCGUCCGCCACAAUACUUAGUCACUGUCACACAACCCAGUGUGAAUAUAUGUUCACAUGCUUGGGAAGGAAAUAAAGAAGAUGUACUUUAAACGGGAAGAAUAUCUGGGGAAACAGUUGGGUUUCUGCCUACCACUGGGACGAGUAAUUGACAAAGGAGCUUAUUUGAACUAUGAAGAGAGUAUGUUCUUGGUCAUUUGAUUUCCAUGGUUUUUAUCAGGAGGGCUUUUGUAGGUGAGCCAAUGGAUAAAAUUAAGGCUUCUAGAAUGCGACUUUACAUCUUCCCUAAAUAGCAUCCUCUCACCAGACAGUCUAUGAUUGCAUUCACCACAAUAUGAAUGAGGUAUAUAAACAUAUACACUUAUGAAUACUUGUGUGUGUGUGCGUAUGUACUGUAUAUAUACACAAACACACCCACACACACAUAUACAAAAUAUUCUUUAAUAGUAUAACUUUGUUUCAGCAGGUUUGGGUUCUACCAGUAUCUACCAAUUCAUCUGACAAGAACAUAAAACAAGAGCAAAAAUAAAAUGGAGCAUUUAAUUUACAGUAUUCACCACAAUACAUAAAUUAUUUCAAUAUUAUGGGUAGCCUCUUUAAAUGUUUCAUGUUCUGCUCUUAUAUAUUUUUUAUAAAUCACCACUUGGAUACACCUAAUUUAAUAAAAAUAUUCUUCAUUACUGCCUACAUUACUUAGGACUUUCAGUUUCAGGCUUUCCUGUCUUUUUUACUGCUUUCUGGCAGCUUUUGGUGUGAAAAUUUGAACAAGGUGCAUUGCUCUUCUUAAAAUCUGAUGUUUGUCACUUUAUAAGGAUUAAUUAUAUAAAAGGUUAUGUAUAUUUUCCUUGGUUCUUCAUUAUCCAUUUUUGUGCAGUGCUUUUUUGCUGUAUUAAUGAAGGACAGGACAGUCUCCAUAGCUGCUUUUCUGGUUUGUUUUCCAAGUUAGUGGCCUAGUUUGGACAGAUACUGUAUUUUCAGGGUGCUUAGAAACAAGCCAGAUCAUACCUUCAAAAUUAUAAAUAUGAGACAAAAACAUUUACUACAAUAUGAUAUUGACAUUUGAGCAUCUGCAGAUACCUUUUUUAGAACCAAAAUUUUGAAAAAAUAUUCUUUAAAAAUGAAACUACAACAAUGUAACUGACUGCCUGUGGAUGUAGCAGUGAUUAGUAUGUUUUGUUUGUUAGGGUUAUACUCAGUGUCACUUUAGGGGCUCUAUUUUUGAAAACCCAUUUUUCCCCUGUGCUUUAUGAAAAUAAGCAUUGUCUGGCCCCGUGAAAAAAAGCCAUUUAUUCUUGGCCUGAGCACUUUGUGGCAGGAGUGCUGUGCUCCAAAGCCUGAACAUUUUCAUAACAAAACAAUGCAAGAAACAUUACUACUGCAUUGAGAAUACAACCCUGCUUCUGCUCUCCUUACUUAUAAAAUGACUACAAUGUGCACAUGCCUUGCUUUAUUUUAUUAUUUGUUUUGGAUUUUCCUUGUUUUCCUAAGGUAAAAUAUAUAUAUAUAUAUAUAUAUAUAUAUAUCUACAACUAGACAGAUUACUUCAGUUUACAGUAGGUACAGUAGAUGUUUUAUCAUGUGACCACUGAAACAGAGCUAUAAGUUUAGAACAUAGUCAUCCAAUGUAUUUUCCAUAAGCUCUGACCCAAGAUUAUCUGUUAUUUAUAAGAUGUAUUAGUUUUUGUAAUGGAGAUCAAAGAUGUUUAGUUUAGGAAAACUGUAAUUAUCUCAAAACAUGGUUUUUGCUGUUUGCCAGUGGUCAACUGACAUGACAUCUGCAUGGAGUGGAAUAUCUUGGAAAUGUGUGUGUGUUUGUGUGUGUGCAUGUGCACAGGUGUUUUUAUCUGUAUGUGUUAUGUAUAUAUACACAAUUCCUACACAAUGACCUGUAUACCUGUAUAUACACACAUAUACACAUAAAAUCAGUGGCAAUUUUUGAAGGUGGCAAGCAAGAUUUUAAGUGAAAAAUAUAUAAAAAAAAAUGACGCUUGUGAAUUUGUUUUGUUAAAUAAUAUGCUUAAUUAUUGGUGAUCAUCUCCAGGAUACUAAGGAAUUGUUGCAAUCAGUGGUCUUUUGAAGUUUCUUAAUGCUACCCCUUCAUCUACCUAACAGUGUCGAUCCUCUCUGCUUCUUUGUUCUCCCAAGUUUACCCAAUGUGUUAAUCAAGUAGGUUUUCCCCCCCAUAGCUUCAAACACAAUGAUAUUUGUACAUUAGAUCAGUGGAAAGUGGGAGGGGGCCGUUUUGGAGUUUUGACUGGAAUGAUAUGUGUACAUUAGAUCAAAUAGUGGGUAUCCCUCGAAGGUCAGACCGGGAAGUGCUGGUACGCAACCAUUUACUACUGGUAUACACCAAAAAUGGAAAAUCAUCGCCCCACUUCAAGAACCGCCAAUAAGUAUUUAAUAUUGGCACUUUAUUGAACUUGGAAAGUGACAUCAUAUAACACAAACCAAAAUGUAAGUGACGAACACAAUGAAUAGGCACUGUUGUCUCACAGCUCCAGGAGAUAGGCUUUGUUCAGACUGGUCACUGUCAGAGAGGAAUGCAAAUCUUCUCCCUAGGGUACUAAUGUCUUCCUCCCACGUUCACACUCAUGCAGGUUCAAUUAAUUGGUGACAGUUAAUUGUCCCGGAAUGAGUUAGGCUGGGCAUGUGAUUGUGACCUCGCACCCUUCAUUUUUGGGUCAUUGUAAAUUAUCCUUUGGGGCUGCCAUUCCCUUAGGAAAAAUAAUUUGCUUACCAUCCAUCCAUCCAUCCAUUUCCCAACCCGCUGAAUCCGAACACAGGGUCACGGGGGUCUGCUGGAGCCAAUCCCAGCCAACACAGGGCACAAGGCAGGGACCAAUCCCGGGCAGGGUGCCAACCCACCGCAGAUUUGCUUACCUAACUUCUGAAUAUUGCCACUGAUAAAUAAGUGAAACUAACAUGUGUAUACAUAUGUAUAUAUAUAUAUAUAUAUAUAUAUAUAUAUAUAUAUAUAUAUAUAUAUAUGUGUGUGUAUUAAUACACACACACACUGGUAUAUAAAAUAUAUAUGUGUAUAUGUUUACACACAAGCAAACACACACUCUGGUAUGAUAUCCAAGUAUGAAAUUUUGUAGCUACAUAAUUGACGGCUCAUAAGUGUAGCUUUAAGUUUUCCUAUGUCUGUUUCUGGACAGCUGUGUCCUCCAGAAAGCACAUAUAAACUACAGCCUAACCCUCAACUAAAGCAAUGAUUUCACAAUUUGCAUUUGUGUUCAUUUUGUGUGGGCCUUCAAGUAUUUUUUCACUAAAUGAUACAUUUCAAUUAAUUGUCUGUGAUGUCAGCUUUGUGCUUGAUUAGAUUCAUAUUGAUAACGACCUGUUCCCUUUCCUGGAUUCAAUUUUACAUUCUCUGGAAUUAAGUUUACAUUCUUCUUGAGGAAACAUCUUUAAGGCAGUCAAGCAAAGAUGAUACUGGUUAUGGGAAGAGUGUAGCAAGAGUAGAAUUCUGAAAAACAAUCUGCUGUAUAUAGAUAUGUGGGGCUGUAGGACUAUUAUGAAGUCCUAUAGUUUCAUGCAUCAUCAGGUAUACAGGUGUCAUUACAGAUUUCAACAGUGACUUACCUCUUUGCAUUUCUUUUCCAUAUGGAAAGAUCACACGCUACAAGAAAAUAACAUUUAGUUGAUUGUUUAAAACAAAGUCUCCAAUAACUAAAUUAAUCCGAAGUUAAUCAAUUUUGCUCUUUCUUUUAAAUGUAGUCCAAUUAUAUACAAAGUUGUUCUUGUAAUCUACUGGCUUGGAUUCUUGUUUUUACAACAAGAUUAUUGCAGAUUGCUUUAAUAAAAAUAAAAAACAAAAAAACAAGCAUCAAGAUGACUAUUUCAAAACAAUAUAAUUGAUUUUCCUUGAAAAAUAACAGGCGAGCUCCAACAGAUAACAAAAAGUAAAACGUAACAAAGUGUGCAGUUGCAGCAUUAUUUAAUGUAGAACUAUCAGUAGCAUAAGUGACCCUAAGAACACAUAACAGAAAUAAAAGAAACAGGUUUAUGGCCACUCAUAGACAAGGGCUGGAGAGGAGUUCUUGUGGGCAAAAUAUGAUGUCCAUUAAUCCAUCCAUCCAUUAUCCAACCCACUGAAUCCGAACACAGGGUCACAGGGGUCUGCUGGAGCCAAUCCCAGCCAACACAGGGCACAAGGCAGGAACCAAUCCCGGGCAGGGUGCCAACCCACCGCAGGACUGUCCAUUAAUUAUUGAUUAAUAUGAAAGCAUGGGUACUUACACAGUAAACUUGUGUUGUACUCGGCUGAAACACUAUUUCCUGAUCAAAAACCUUAAUAAAUAAAAAAGUAAUCAGUAAUGUGUUCAAUAAAUCUGAGCAUUUAAUGUAAUACACUUGUACUAACAACAAAGGAAUAUAUUGAUAGAAUUGAAUCCUACAUCACUAAUAUUUUGAGCAGAAAGCUAUCAUUAGACAACACACAUCACAACACAGAAAGGAAAGUAGCAUUGCGACUGGAGAACAUGUCUUUAACAUUAGUUCAGAUAACUGCUGGGAGACCCUUGACUACGCAAGUAAGGGAUUCGGUUUUUCAGGGGGCAAUCCAAAUCUUAAGGGUGAUGCUUCAUUAUCUGCCAUUAUCUGAAAAUGAUAUCAUAAAUUGUGCUGUAAUUUUCCAGGACUGCUGUUGCUGAUGGGGGUGACAAUGACAAACCAGAAACAGACAUCAUUUUAGAAAUGGCUUCACCCUGUUCAUGCAAAAGUGCCUUGGACUUCAAACUGAUGGAGUCAGUGUAAUAAAAUCAAAUCUAUUGAAAGGCUUCUACUUGUAAUAGAACUAUAGAUAAUGAGUUUGUUUUAUUUUUGUUGUUUAUUUCUGUUACAAUUUACUCAAAGAGUAAUUAACUGCCAUUAAAAAUAAAUUUGUAUUCUAAUCCUA